AUGAUCCUCCGCAGCGCGGCGGCGUUCGCGCUGCUUCUGCUGCUCGCCUGCGCCUCGGCGGCGCAGCAGGAGGGGGCCGUCUCCGAGUCGUACGCGUCCUCGCUCGCGUCCCGCUUCGACGCGCCGCCGUCGUGGGCGUUCCCGAACCCUCGCCUCCGGGCGUCCUACGCCGCGCUGCAGGCGUGGAAGCGCACCGCCAUCUUCUCCGACCCUUCGAACUUCACCGCCAACUGGGUGGGGCCCAACGUCUGCGCCUACAACGGCGUCUUCUGCGCGCCCCUCCCCGGCAGCACCUCCCACGACAUCGUGGUCGCCGGGAUCGACCUCAACCACGCCGACAUCGCGGGGUACCUUCCCGCGUCGCUGCUGCUGGGCGUCCCGGACCUGGCGCUGUUCCACAUCAACUCCAACCGCUUCUGCGGCGUCGUCCCGCGCACGUUCGCGCACCUCCACGAGCUCGACCUCAGCAACAACCGCUUCGUGGGCGGGUUCCCGGAGGUGGUGCUGUCGCUGCCGUCGCUGCGGUACCUGGACCUCCGCUUCAACGACUUCGAGGGCAGCAUCCCGCCGGCGCUCUUCGACCGCCCGCUCGACGCCAUCUUCCUGAACUCCAACCGCCUCCGCAACCCGAUCCCGGCCAACCUCGGGAACUCCCCGGCCUCCGUCGUCGUGCUCGCGCACAACCGCCUCGGCGGGUGCAUCCCGCCCAGCAUCGGACGGAUGGCCGACACGUUCAACGAGAUCGUGCUCAUCGCCGACGAGCUCACGGGAUGCGUCCCGCCGCAGGUCGGCCUGCUCCGGAAGCUCACCGUCUUUGACGUCAGCGUCAACCACCUGCAGGGACAGCUCCCCGCCAGCAUCGCUAACAUGGCUGCUGUCGAGGAGCUCGACGUCGCCCGCAACCGUCUCGAGGGCGCCGUGCCGGCGGGAGUCUGCGCGCUCGCCAGCCUCAGGAACUUCACCUACACCGACAACUUCUUCACUUCGCGCCCGCCCUGCGCCAAGGCCACCGCCGACGGCGCUUGGAACUGCAUCCCCGGCGCGCCGGCCCAGCGCCCGCCGUCGCAGUGCGCGGCCGCCGCGGCACACCCGUUCGACUGCAGCAAGGCGCAAUGCCAGGAAGCCCCGGGCUACACCCCGACGCCGGGCGGUGGCCACGCACGCGGCGACCGCGGCCGCGGGAGCGGCAGCCAGCCGCCCACGCCGGUGUCGUCGACUCCCAGAGGCAGAAUCGCAGGGAACCCGCCGCCAUCGUCUGCUACUCCCACUCCUUCCUACCCGUCGCCGCCGUCGAGCGCCACCACCCCCUCGUACCACUCGCCACCCAAGGGCUCCACCACCCCGUCGCCGCCUAAGGGCUCCACCACUCCGUCAUACCCUUCACCGCCGUCGAGCGCCACCACCCCGUCCUACCACACGCCGCCACCUCAGGGGCUCACCCGCCAUCACGCCGUCGUACCCUUCGCCGCCAUCGAGCGCCAUCGCCCCGUCCUACCACACGCCACCUUCGCAUGGGUCACCCACCACGCCAUCCUACCCGACGCCACCCUCAAGCUCCAGCACGCCAUCCUACCACUCGCCGCCGUCCGGCUCCACAACUCCUCCAGUAACAACACACGCGCCGCCCCCGCCGACGUCCUCAGACGAGCCGGACGUGCGGUACGCGCCGCCCCCGAGCUACACAACGCCGCCAUCGUCCCACUCCCACGGGUCGCCGUCGCCUCCCUCCACGGGGCACCAGCCCCCGUCCUCCGGCGGCCACCCCGCCACGCCGCGUCGCCGCCCACGGCGGAGCACCCAGGCUACGCCCUGCCUCCGCACUCCCCGGGGACCGGGACGCCCUCGUCGCACCCCACCACCCCCUCCUCUGGGACGCCAUCGUCCUCGCAUUGCUCGCCGCCGCCUCAUCAGGGCGGGAGCCCCGGCACCGGCACCGGCGGGCACCAUCCGGGCGGCGGCAAGCUGCCGUUCCCGCCGGUGUACGGCGUGUCGUACGCGUCGCCGCCGCCGCCGGGGAAGCCGUACUACUGA